GCUGCGCGCACCGUUGCUUCCCUUGGCUCCUGCUCUCAUCCACGGACCACGGGCACGCGCCAAUCUCCUCCACUCCACCCUACUCUUCCCCGUCCCAGUUCCCACAGCCAUUCCCUCGAGAAACCGACCUCCUCCCGCCGGCGACCGACGUUGAUCCACCGAUCGGCCGGCCCAAAGAUCCUCCCGCCGCACCCCAAAUAGGCAGAUACAUACGCUCCUGCCUCCGCCGCCGCAGCAGUAAAUCCUCUCCGUUUGGCCGCCGACCUCGAUCUCUCCGGGACCUGGAACCCCGCCGGCGGGAGCUCCCCAGGCGUGUCCUUCUCUUCCUGCUGCACGGUACUUGAGAUCCGUCCGUCCAGAUUAGUGUUCCUUUUCUUGAGCAAGAAAGGUUUAUCCAUACUAUGCCUACUGCCUAGUGAUGAAGUGAUAUCAUGUGCAAAUGGUGGGAGUGAGAAAACUGGAUGCAUCAGAAGAUGUAUUAGAGAUGUCGAUGCUGCCAGGAACAGCUAGGAGAAUCAUGACGAUAACAGCUGAGACAUGCUGUUGAUUACUUCUGCAUGAUGUACCUGGAUACAUAAUCCUUAUACAGGAAAGGUAGCAUAAUGUCUUUUGAAGAUAAAGCAAUCGCUAGUCGUGUCGCUUCACCCUCACCAAAAGCUAUGGUGUCAGAACCAGAUACAAGCAGGAUGAUGAAUCUUGGUUCAAAUAUGGAGCAUUCUCAAACAAAUGGCCAGGCAAAUGCUGUUCUUGGUCCGGUGGCUAUAUUCUGGGACAUUGAGAACUGCCCUGUUCCAAGUGAUGUACGGCCAGAAGACGUUGCUGGAAAUGUCCGAAUGGCUUUACGCCAGCAUCCUGUUGUUAAGGGUGCUGUGACAUUGCUCUCUGCUUAUGGGGAUUUCAAUGCCUUCCCAAGGAGACUCAGAGAGGGUUGUCAGAGAACUGGAGUCAAACUUGUUGAUGUUCCUAAUGGACGGAAAGAUGCUGCUGAUAAGGCUAUAUUGGUUGAUAUGUUCCUCUUUGCACUUGACAAUCGCCCACCAUCAUCCAUUAUGCUUAUAUCCGGUGAUGUGGACUUUGCUCCUGCAUUGCAUAUACUUGGUCAACGCAGAUACACUAUUGUCCUUGUCAUUCCGUCUUCGGUUACCGUCUCAUCGGCCUUGAGCAGUGCUGGAAGUUUCGUGUGGGACUGGCCCAGUCUUGCCCGUGGCGAAGGUAUAGUGGCUCCUAGGUCUUUAGGGCGUCGUGUUGCUGAUCCUUCAUGCUAUGUCAACAGUCGGAAUGUGGGGCAGUUCCCUGACACACACAAUGAAGAGGAGGCCAUUGUGUAUACAGGAACUUCGAGGAAUGAAUAUGGUGGCAGAUCUACGGUCAACCAGAUGUAUUGCUACAACUCUUUCCAGCCUACUAAGGAACCAAGCAAAGCUUUUUAUAUAGUUGCAGAUGGGAGUUGUGGCACGUCAUCAAGGACUCAUAAUUUAUCAUGUGGUUUGAAUGAAAGUCCUGAGACUGACCAAGGUUUGACUGAUGAACAGUCAUGGUGGGUCCGUCCUGGUGAUCUUCAAGGCUUGAAGGGUCAACUAAUACGUCUGUUUGAGUUAUCUGGUGGAUGUGUCCCACUUGUUCGUAUUCCUUCAGAGUAUCUAAAGCUCUUCGGAAGGCACCUCUAUGUAUCAGAAUAUGGAGCUGUUAAACUAGUUCAUCUUUUCGAAAAGCUGGCUGACACUUUUGUUGUCAUAGGGAAGGGUCAGAGAAAGAUGAUUUGCCUUCGUAAUUCUGGUGAUAAAAACCUGAAUAAUUUUCCGAGUACACCAAUCAUUUUGAAGAAGGAAAAGAGAGGAAGUUCUGCUCUCGAGGAAAGUGCUAUAGGAACAUGUCAGCAGUUGGGCAGCUCAUCAGAUGAUUUGUCAGAGGAUGAACUGAAUAACCCAGACAUAGAUGGAGCAUAUGUGUUCGAUGACCAUCUAGACAGUGUCAGAAGGGAGAUUCAGGAGCUUCUUGUUUGCUACUCCUGCCCUGUUCUGCUUAGUAAUUUCGAGAGUUUAUACGAGCAACGGUACAAGAAGACUAUUGACUAUGAGAGCUUUGGAGUUGCUGGUCUGGAGGAACUAGUUGAGAAGGUGAAAGAUGUUGUGGAUUUGCAUGAGGAUCAAGCUAGCAAAAGGAAGUUCCUUAUAGCACACUACAUCAAUGAUUAGGAUCUCUGUUGUCUUAAUGUCAUAGUUCAUCUACUUUAGUACUUCUGGUUGUGUUUCCUCAGCGUGUGGGCCGACAUCUACUUUUUUUUUUUAUCAUGUCGGUGUGAUAAAUGUGGGCGGCAUAGCAAAUAUAUGUGAUAGUUUCCCAUUUUGCAAAUCUAAGCAAAUGGAGGGUUGUUUCAUCUGCACAAAAGGUUGCUUAUGAAACAACUGUAACUACUUGUUAGUUACUUGGCAAAUACAUGAAAAUAGUGUUUGGUUCAUGUGAUUGUAAGUGACUUGAUUACAGAGGAUAACACAUCCUGCUGUAUGCUGUUUGUUUUGGCCCUCUUGUAAUUGGAUCACCCUAUUGUAAUCAGAUAUGGUUCAUGCCUUUACAAAGCUGAUACCGCUUUCA